AAAAAUAUUGGUUACGUCGACGAAGAGCAUUAAGCUGGUAUGAAACAGGCAGUCGGAAGCGUUUGUUAUUAAACAAUAACAAAUUUUAAAGCAGUGAGGUGUGGUUGUUUUCAAAAUGUUGGAGAUAUGUUUAUUUUUGACGUUUUUCUCAGGAAUCUCAUGUGAUUUAUGGUGCUACAGUUGUGUAAGUUCCCAACCUGGCUGUGAGGAGUAUUAUGUAGAUUGGCGUAUUCACCAUGCCAUAACAUGUCCACGUGAUGAUGAUAAGUGUGUAAAGAUAAUUGAAAGAAAAGGAGUGGAUACGUUUAUAACUAGAGAUUGCCUAUCAAAUUUGGAAGGUCAGAAAAAAGAUAUACCAGCUGAUAGGUAUGAUGGUUGUAGGAAAGCUGCUGAGCAACCUAAAUUGGCUGUUUACGUAGAAAAUCACAUAUCACAGCUUGAAAUCAAAAACACACAUUAUGAUGAAGUGACCUAUUGUUUCUGUGAGUUUGAUCAAUGGUGCAAUGCAGGAACUUUUUUGUCUACAAAUAAAUUUAUUUUACUUUUUACAUUUUUAGCAUUUCUAUUUGUUACUAGAAGAAUGUGAAUACCGGUUUUUAUUUUUUUAUAUUUGGGUGUGGUUUGUUAAAAUAUCUUGCAAUUUUUAAUUAUUUUUACCGUUAUUUAUUGGUACUAAAUUUUUCAUUGAAAAGUUUUAUGUCAAUUUUUUAAGACUUAUUUUUCUAUGACAUUAAUGUUUGAUUAGUAAAAGUAUAUCAAGCUUUUUUUUUUUAAAAAAAGAACUUUUGAUUUAUCUUAUAUCCAAUGAAGUUUUGCUUAUUGUUAAUUGUAGUAGUUUAAUAAUAGCAAUUAUAGUCACUUUUCUAAUUUUCUUGUAUGACUAUUUUCUUAGUAUUUUUAUUCAUUAACAAAAUAAAUUAGAAAAAUAAAGAUUAAAUUUGUCUUUGGUUAAUUAGCAAAAUUUUUUCUUUGGUCAGCUUUAUUAGCAUAAAUUUUAAACUGUUUCUUCUCCACAAUCUUUUAUUUUUUUUAAUGAAAAAGCAUGGAAAAAAUUGGUGUUGGUAAUCAGUAUUAAAUAUUUUUUGCUGACUUAAGAAAUAACUGCCUUUUGCUUCAUAUUUAUGUUGAAAAAUAUCAUAAGAAUCUCUUUAUUUUUGUUAAAAAUUAUAUACUUUUACCGAUGAUCCACCUGAUUUUCAACCUUUUUGUGAAAGAGCUUCAAUUUAUUUUUACUAUCGAGGUAUAUUUUAGGUUAUCAACUUUCAAUCAUUUUCAUUUUUUUCGAAAAAUCAUUAGAUGGCUUUUGGCUUGUUUAUUUGUUAUUUUUUACAAUGUUAUUUUAUACAUUCAAGAUGCUCUCUUUAAUGUUGCAUUUUAUUCAACUGGACAUCGAAUGCUGAUAAAAUUUGUGAGUAAGAUGCAUAAAGAUACUAGGUUUUAUUGUUGUUUUGUGUGAUAUUUUCAAUGCCUUCCUUUAUUACAAACCAAUGAUUUUUACUUUUUUUUGGUAUGGAAAAAUUUCAUCAUGAAUAUCAGUUACUUGAAUUUGUUUCAUGGUUUACUUUUGAAGACUAGGGGGAAGAUUGGGUUUUGUUCAUUUAAAAAAAAAGAAAGACAAUUGGAUCACCAUCUGUUGCAUUUUGAGGAUUACUAAGUUUUCACAAAUAAAUAACGCGGAAAAUCGGUUCUCCCUGAAAAUUAUCACACUUUAAAAAUGAAGACGACUACUUCUACUGAGGAAGUAUUGAUUGGAGAAGAAUCCGAUUUUCAAAUUUUAUCUCCACGUAAAAAUUUUUUAAUUUUGUUUUGUAAUGUUAUGUAAAUAACAUGCUUGUGAUGUUCUUGUAUAUUUUUAUGAUUGCAAUUGUAUGCUAGCUCCUAAAUAAUAUGAAACAUUUAAAUUCGUUUUUUUUUUCUUCACAGAAUCAUAUUUUAUGAAUAUAAACCAUUUGUCCCCCCUUAGUCUUCAUUUAACAUAUACUUACUUGAAAACAAGGUUUAUUGAGUAUGUCAAUUUCUUUAAAAUUUAUUAAUGGAUAAUACAGACAGCUAUUUUUCUUGAAUUUUAAAAAUGUUUUGUUUCUAGUAUUGUAAGUUUAAAAAUAUUAUUUUAAUAUACUAUUUUUAUAACAACUAUCUAUAGUAAUAAAAAUGGAGGAAUUUGUCAUAAUCAGGGAUGAGAGUUUUCUGCUUUUGUCUCUCGAAUUUCAGCCUUUUUAUCAAACACUCCGAUUUUCUAAAAGUUCAAUGUUUUUUUUUGUUUUUUAAUAUUCCGCUUUUUCUGAAAAUUCAGUAGUUGAAAUAAAAUAAUUAUAUUUAUUUCCAAUUUUCAAAGAUAAAUAGAAAAUUCAAAUUAUGUCCUAGCUGAUAACCCCCCCCCCAUAUAAACUUAUUUUAACGCGUUCACAUGCAGAAAAUAAGAUUUUUCAUAUUUUUACCCGCCUGCCAGAUAGCUCAUAUUUUUGUAAUUCAGGUGUAGCUGAUUCCCGUUUUCUGGAGUGAAAACAAACAAAAUAAUAAAUAGCUGUGAAAAUAUUUAUUUGCUCAUUCACUAAUCUUGUAAAUUUUUGUUUAUUAUGGCUAAACAAAACACAAACAAGCCUUUUAGGAAUCCCAAACACAGAAUCUACUAAUACCUUGAUUCUUAUUUACACGAUUUUAAUAUCAAACAUCGAUUUUCGUAUUUACCUGAUUUAAAAGUUAUGCAUUCCGAUUCGUAUUCACGUGAUUUAAUUAUCAUACAAUACGAUUCUUAUUUACGAGAUUUAAAAAUCCAAUAUUGCGAUUCAAAUUUACGGGUUUUUAAAACCCUCAAUAGUAGUGAUUCAUAUUCACGAAUUCGUAUAUAUAUUCUUGGAUUUUCCACUUUUUUACUUUCUGACUACUCUCAUCCCUGCAUAAUAUUUGGAAUCAUAUCUUCAAUUGUUUAAACCUCUUCACUCUUGAUGUUCUCAAGUCAAAAUUAUGAUGUGAGAUUUAUUCCUCGUAUUUUUCAACCAAAAAAGUUUUUACAUUAUAAAUUUUUCAUUUUAUAGUAGUUCCC